AUGGCUUCCCGUAUCAACGCCGUCCAACGCCACGCUUCAGCGAAAUUUCCGAUAAGUUACAAGUCUCCAGUAACAUCUCACAUCCUUGAUACUUCACAAGGACGACCGGCUUCUAAUGUACUCGUAGAGCUACAACAUUAUCAUUCCGAUCAUUGGAUUCACAUCCACGAGGGACGAACAAAUGCCGAUGGACGUGUUCAUAGCCACUUGGUACCGGAAACUCUACACUUUAAAGCUGGAACUUACCGUCUUGUAUUUCAUGUACAAGAAUAUUUUCAAAGUCAUGGAAUUGCCGACUUCUUUUAUCCUGAAGUGACAAUUGCUUUUAUUGUCAAAGACCCAACUCAGCACUAUCAUGUUCCCUUGCUUCUUAAUCCCUUCGGAUAUUCCACCUACCGUGGCAGCUAA